AUGACUACCCCUGAUUCAAAUAUUAACUAUAAAGAUGCUAUAGACUACUGGACAAGCAUUCCAGCUACUGUGGAUGGUGUGCUAGGAGGAUACGGUGACCAGACUCCGUUACCUAACAUGGAUGUGCAUGGUUCAAUGCAUUUCGUUAGGAAACUAAAAUCAAGAAUGAUUACCGAGGGUCCUAAAAACAGUUGUGAUAUCGGUGCAGGGAUCGGAAGAGUUACCAAGAACUUUUUGAGUAAAAUUAGCGAUAAAGUGGAUUUGGUAGAACCUGUAGUGCCAUUUGUGGAACAAGCACAUGUGGAAUUGGAUGCGUUAAAGAAAGAGGGCAAGAUUGGUGAGAUAUUUGCUAUUGGUAUGCAAGACUGGAACCCUGAAGAAGGGAAGUACUGGUUGAUAUGGUGUCAAUGGUGUGUCGGCCAUCUACCAGACGAAGAAUUGAUUCAAUUCUUUCACCGAUGCAAGAAAGGUUUGCAGAAAAAUGGUACCAUCGUUGUGAAAGAGAACAAUACAGUUGGAGAUGAUGAUUUCGAUCCAGUAGACAGCAGUGUCACUAGAUCCAAUGAGAAGUUUAUGCAGUUGUUUAAAGAGGCCGGGUUGAAAGUCAUUGCAACGGAAAGACAAAGAGGUUUACCUGACGGCCUCUAUCCUGUACAGAUGUAUGCAUUGAAAACCGUAGUUUGA